UCACGUCUAAUCCGACAUUUCACUCUUAAUUACUUUACAUGUCAUUUAGCUUUUUAGAUUAUGAAAACACUUAUAAACGUUUAUGUGCUUUACCCAUUUGGCUCUGGUGAAAAAUGCCCUCUGCAUGACAUAGAAGCACGAUCAGCAGAGGGCACCAGCUGAACACAGUUUUAGUUAUGAUGCAACCCAGGAGUCAUAACAUGUUGGAAAUAAUGAGACUGAAUUCUUUUUUAUUUCGAGCAGUGUUACAUACAAGUAUCACGAAGCUAGUUCAGGUGGUUCCAACUCAGUAAGAAAUCAGUUUACAUGCUCACAUACUUAAACUGACUGAUACUCUCUCAUAAUGUAGUCGAAUAUGUAAAUGUUUCUGUUGUGUCUUGCUCCAACAUUAACUGCGUCGUUUUGAGAAACAUUUCUAUAUGAAAUUAUUGUUCUCGUGCUCACAGUCAUUGGGGCAUCUGUAUCAUGUGAUGUUUCCUUCUGUCAGAGUUUAAGAAUAGCUUCUCCCUCCUGUUUACGGUCCUUUUUGUUGAUCUGCUAUAGAUGUUGACAUACUGUUAUGUCAUAGGACACUUGUGCAAUCAUUGAUGAUUAUGUCUUGGUGAACCUGGUAAAUGUGUGAAAUACAGUGUGUUUUGUGUCGUAAUGUUUAGGUUAUAUGAAUAGCAAACUAGGUAAAUAAUUACAAAUCAAUCGGGAUAAAAUGGUCAAAACAACACAGGAGUCACAGGAUGUUGACAUUGACUUGUUUACCUAUUAGAUUGAGCUCCCUCUCUCAGCCAGUCCUGUCACAUGGACCGUGGCUGUCUCUGCUCAGUCCACCACUUCUGUCACUGCAAGAAGGUACACAGUUCCCACUGGGACAUGUGACACAUGCAGCACUGGGGAGGAGGGGGCCAUUUCUGUGAAAAGAUCCCAAGGCAGCAAGCAGGCAGGAAUGUGUGCUUUGGUUGGUGGGACGGAUCGGAUGUCACCAGCUGUGAGGGGCUGGUAUAAAGGACAGAGCUGCUAGCUCUGAGCCGGAAUAGAUAUCAGCAUUUCACAUGUAAGAGCACAUGUAAGUUUGCGAGUCUGACCUUGAUUUUAGUAACUUUUUGAAACCAGCCGAGAGAGGGUGAAAACUUUACUGGUCUACCUGUAGGAGAGACUUUUUCAUUAUGGAUGUCCAGAGGACAGGAUCUAUGGUUCGUCCCCCGAGCCCCAUGGAUAGCCUCGAGAAGCAGCUGAGCUGCCCCAUCUGCCUGGACAUGUUCACCAAACCUGUGGUCAUCCUGCCCUGCCAACACAACUUGUGUCGUAGUUGUGCCAGUGACCUCUACGACUCGCGCAACCCAUACCGCUUUUCUGGUGGCGUCUUCCGCUGCCCUACCUGCCGGUUUGAGGUUGUGCUUGACCGCCAUGGUGUGCAUGGGCUCCAGCGCAACCUGUUGGUAGAAAAUAUUAUCGACAUCUAUAAGCAGCAGCAAGAAGGCAGCGGCAGUGGAAACACAGAAACCACCUUGAAGCCUAAAGAAUCCAAAGAACCAGUGUGCCAAGAACAUGAAGAUGAGAAAAUCAACAUCUACUGUGUGACCUGCCAGGUACCCACCUGCUCUAUGUGCAAAGUGUUUGGCCAGCAUAAAGACUGUGAGGUGGCACCUUUAGCAAGUGUUUAUCAGGCCCAGAAGGGUGAACUCAGUAAUGCUAUCGAUACUCUGGUGGCCAGCAAUGGCCGCCUGCAGGCUCUGCUCAACCAGAUGGAAGACGCCUGCCGUGCUGUGCAGGAGAAUGCUCAGCGUGCUAAACAAGGGCUAGCUGAACGCUUUGACCUGUUAUAUGCUGUCCUGGAGGAGCGCAAGACCAUUCUACUGGAGCAGAUUGGUAAAGAGCAAGAUGAAAAAGUGGCAGCUCUGCGGGCGCUGGCUCAACGUUACGGUGAACGACUGCAGGCCAGUUCAGAGCUCACAGAUACGGCUGUGAGGGCGCUGGAGCAGGGUGGUGCUGCUGAGUUUCUGUUGGCCUCCAAGGGCCUCAUCACGCAGACCAAAGAUGCAGCUAAAGGCUCACUGGGGGAAGAGAGGCCAGAGCCAGGCUUCGAGAAGAUGGACCACUUCACUUUGUCAACAGAGCAUGUUGAGGCCGUCCUGUCAAAAAUGGACUUUGGAGUGGCUGAUGAUGAUGAAUUUGAGGAUGCAGAAGAAGAGGAGGAGGAGGAGGAGGAAGAGGAGGAGGAAUAAUGAAAAUUGAAGUGGUUCGGACUAGUAGGAAAUUCUGUAAUGUGUGCUGUUGAAGGUUUUUGACCCACGUGUUUAUGUCAGGGACUCUGCAUUUGUUGUUGAAAGGAGUAUGAGGUGACGGUGGAUUUGGGCUAAAAUGGCUUGGCCUUACUUUCAGUGCAAUAUUUAAUUUCAAUGUCGUAUUCAUACUUUUUCUUAACUUUUUUUUAUACUUUUGUACUUCAAAGCCAUUUGAAUGGAAAAAAAGGGUCUAGAUAAAUGUAAAUAUAGAAUGUCUGAAGAUUGAUUUCACAUCGUUUUCCUCAUAAGUUGCUUAUGGAAAUGUUUUUCUCACUUUGUCUAAGUUUGUGUCUAAGAAUUGGUGAUCAGCUGAUCUGCCUGUAAUCACCAAGUCUGUCUUUAAUGGAAAGUGGAAUAAAGCUGCAUGAAGUUGAGCAUCCAUUUGCUUAAUUCCUCAAUGAAAACAUGAAGUUUAUGUGAAGGGAGCAUACAACGGAAGAGAAUAUACCCAGAAUUAUUUUGGUUUUAUAGCUUUUCUUUGGAGUACCUCCAUUAAAAUGAUCCCCAGUCUGAUGCUGCUCUUAACUUGGCAAUAGGCCGCAUUUAAAAAUAAAAGCCCUUGCCAUGUCCUGUCUGCUUUGCCUUUGCUGGUGAGAAGUGGGGGCUAUUUUUAAGAGGUGAGAGGGUGAGAAAUGAUAGCGGCCCUGGAAUAGACUGUCAGGGAAGGACAGGCCAGGUCCUGUUUCUCCUCCAUAAAACUCCCGUCCGCCCACUCAUGGACGUCUUGCUCAGCAGCUCCGACCGAACUCCAGAGUCAGGAGGGCAAACUAAGAAAGUCUGGUCCAGUUGCCACACGAGUCAUUUCCUAACGGUCAAGAGGCCAGUGGUAAAAAUACAUGUCUGCCUGGGGACUGGGUUACAAAAAGCCCCUUGACAUGACCUGCUUGGUUGUGUUGGGAACAUUUGCUGAGAGACCUCAUUUCUUUUCUAAUAUGCAUCCAGUCAGGUGCAAGAAAGUUGUUCCAACACAAGAAGCGGUUUAAUGACGCGUGAUAAAUGGUUCACAUUUAACAGAUGGGAGUUUUAUACUGACUAGAGAGGGAAAAACAACUCAGUCAGUUUCCUCUGUAGUCAUGCGUCGAUGGUGAGACAGCACAAUGGCAAAACAAUAGUAUUUAAUCCACAUUUCUCUGUAACCACACCAUUAAAAGAGCCUGCUGUAAUCAUUGUGUCUGAAGAAGAACUGCGUUACUCUACAACCAUAACUUUGAUCAAAACCAUAACAAAAUAAAAAUUAAGUGCCUUCAGACAGUUCAUACAUAAACACUGCUUUGACGUAGUUUUCCAAGUUAAAUUUUGUAGCCCUUCCACCUCUUUUAGACAAGUACAAUAACAGAGAGGACAGGAAGCCUCUUGGACGGCAGAAUGGGAAAGCGCUCUUGACAAAUCUCCAGCCUUCCCCUCACAGCUGUCUUUUCUCAUCCCGCUUGUUAUUGUUACUGCAGCUAGCUGCUUCAACAGGCUGGGGGCUGACUGUUGGUACACAUG